GAGGCACUGGGCGUCGGGCGACAUGUUCCAUGUUCCGGAUAGCGAGGGCGGCCGAACCAGCUCCAGGGCUGCGAAGCCCCCGGGAGGAGCAUCAAGUGAUCUUUUCGGAAGUCCAGAAGAAGUUGUUCCUUCUAGCCGACCCAACAGGAUGGCAUCAAAUAUUUUUGGACCAACUGAAGAAACUCAGAACAUGCCUAAGAGGACCAACCCUCCAGGGGGGAAAGGAAGUGGUAUCUUUGAGGAAUCAACACCUGUGCACGCUCGACAGCGUCUGAACCCACCUGGUGGGAAGACCAGUGACAUUUUUGGGUCCCCAGUGACUGCCACUUUACCCUUGGCACAUCCAAACAAACCCAAGGACCACGUGCUCUUGUGUGAAGGAGAAGACCCAAAAUUGGACCUUAAAGCCCCAGCGAGCACCUUGCCCAGAGAAGAGCCGGGUGAGAAAGGUGGCCCAAGAGAAGCAGACCAUGUCCAGGAGCCCCAGCCCAUGCCCGCGGUUGACAGCCAUGAGCCCAGGCUGGGUCCACGGCCUCGAUCUCACAACAAAGUCCUGAAUCCACCUGGAGGCAAAUCCAGCAUCUCCUUCUACUAGAGAAGUUAUUGCUUCCCCUGUAGCCACACAAGAAACUUGAGAGAUAGGAUUUCAAAUAUAGUUUUAUUUAGCCCAAAGGAAUGGGGGUGGGGAGAGGGUCUGUCGUUUAUCUGAAGCCACUGCUCAGGCUCCAUUGCCACCAUGAGAGCCACAGAAGACCUCACCUUCCAGACUGCCGAGAGACAUUUUUGUGGGGGGAAAAUGUGACUCCUUGCUGAACACUCAUUUAUAAUUUUGGAUGUGAUAGGAACUCUCAGAUGGGCUGGGUGGGGAGCUGGUGCAAGGCUUCAGGAGGACCUGAUGAAGUGGGAUUUUUCAUGUCCUUUCUGCAUAGGUGAUCUGCCAGCCAAUUGGCUAUCUAGGAAUCACUUCACACAGUAGCAGAGUUUAAAGCCUUAGAAAGAAAGCCCAAAACAACCUGUAUGUUGGGCAUAAGCCGAAAUACUAGUCUCCGUUCUUGAGACUACUGCUGCUAAAUCCUGAGGCCUCAUUUGCACUCAGGCACAGUAUUCUGCAGUCUUUUCUUGAAACAUUUUUCUCGGCAGCUGUCAACAAAAACCAAAAAGUUAUUUUCAGUCUUAUGCUUUAUGGAGACAUUUUGUAUCCCAAUCCUCUGGUGUGAUCUGCCUUUCACUCAUGAGGGACUGGUCUCGGUCUCUUCACAGACUGAUUUAGCUUGUGAAUUAUUUCUUUUUUUUCUCUCAUCCUUAAGUCUCGGCCUUAGCUCUUCCCCAGUGAUGUGGACAGUUCCUUUGUGUGCCUGGCUCACUGACUUCUGUAAGACUAAAAUUCUGUCCAGACACAUAAUUGGGUUACUUAAAUCCUUCGUGGGUCUUACUUUGUUCCUCUUGACACUGGGAAGAAGAGAUGCUUGAGAACCUUGAGUUCUUAGGUUCGAAUUAUUUAAUAAUAUCUAAAGAGCUAUUCUUAAACACCAGCUUUACAUAAGUGACUAUUGACUCUGAUCUGUUUCUGACACCUCUCUAGAAAAAAGUCCACUGCUCAGGUACACCAAAGAGGAAGAAAACUUUGCUUAGGCCACCCUUUGUAAAGCUUUGCAGAACCUUUGGACCAUGUUCAGUUUCCAGAAGAGACUUGGAGAUCUUGGGCUAUGAGAUCAAGUAGUGUAGAAGCAAAGCCUCAACUGGUCAAUUCUGUAUCAGCAAAGCUAACGGCCUGGCAAGUCAUGUUGCUUUAAUCUUUUGGGCAGAAGUUUCUCCCGUUCAGCCUCCUAAGGGUUAUAGUCUCCAUCACUCAUGCUGGACCAGUAGUUAACAGAGGAGAGUGAGUUUAUGUGUGGUGGCUGUUGGUAUGAGUGCCCACAGAGCUAAUGCCAGGUGCUAGAAAUGUCUUCACUUAUUAAAAUUGAGAAAAGAAACACCUGUGUUUAGUUACAACCACAGUGGCUGAGACACUAAGUGCCUGCAGGAGCUGCCUGCCAAACCCCGCUGCUUAUACCCGGCACAUUGAGGGGAUCUGCAUGUGGCCUUGUCAGCCAAAGAGUUUCCCUCCUUUCAGUUGUCCUGCUGACUUUGGAGCCAAGAAAUAACUCAUUUAAUGUGACUUUAUCAGUUACUUCCUGUCCCAUGUUUCCAAUGGUCAUUUUUAAGAGACUUGUUUGGAAUUCCGAGCACUUUUUCCCCCAUUAAAAUAUGUCAUAAGUGGUGGUUAGCUUUUAAUCCCAAACACACUAACUUGUUUAACUUACAAUAAAAUGUGCUAAUGGUGGAAAUGAACUGCCAUUUAUAACUACAUUUUGUUUUUUAAUAUAUAAGGAAAUAAUGUGUGAAUUUCAAAUUGGGUUGCUAGGAAGAACCCUGAUGUACUGCUGGCCCUUUUGGCUACACCCCCGCCCUCACCAUCAGCUGAAUGAGAGGAAGAACUCUAGUUCUGUCCAUUGGCAGGGAUUCCUGAACUCUUAGCAUUCUGUUCCCAACCACUAACCUGCAUUGAAAAAUGACCAGUCCGUAUUUUUAUUAAGCCUUAAAACUUUAUGUACAUUUGGUGCCAACUUUUUUCUAGAGCUGUAUCAAAAACAGCAAACUUGUACUCACAUCACAAUGUAAUUUUGAUAGAAACAUUUUGUUAUUUUUACAAGGCAGAUUUGGGUAACAAUUAAACUUAGUAAUUGAAUUUGAAUUAAACUUAGUAAUUAUGUGCUCAGUUUUUGCCUAUUUGU